AUGAUUCGAUCAGCUGAUCCUGUUGUUCCAGAAAAGCCCAAUGAUGUUCAAGAAGUCCCAGAGGAAGCAUAUCUUGCUGCACAAAGGUACAUUGUGGACAUCAAUGGGUUGGUGCCAACCAAAAGCAUCCAUUUCAACAUUGUCGUUCGUGUGAUGACUAUAUGGAAAAUGUAUGAUACUCAAAAUAAGAAGGAUGUCAAAUCACUUGAAUUGUCUUUGAUUGAUGCUCAGGGUUCCAAGAUCCAGGCUACCAUGCCUGCUCGAAUCAUGAAAGAUUUUGUUAAGUACUUUAAAGAUGAAGGUUUUGCAGGAGGCUGUCACGUUUUGAUCACUGUCUUAACAUAA